GUUAUGCUGACAAUUGUACAAUUAUUAAUAGGACAUCUGCUUGACACACUUUAUGGAAUGAGGCCAGAGAUGUUCGUCCGCCGAAAUUCGGACGAUCAACUCGAUUUCGAGGGGUCGUCUUACGUAUCUGCAUUUCAGUUUCGCAAUUGCCAUGUAAUAUAUAAGUAGGUAAUGCUUGAACCAAUGCUCUCUACUUUGCAUUCAAUUCAUUUUCAAAAUCAUUCGCAUCCGUAACCAUGGCACCAAUUCGUACCGCUCUCAUUGGCCUCCGCUCCAAUUCGACGAGAGGAGCAGGCUGGGCUGCCUUAGCUCAUCUUCCCUAUCUCACGCAGUCUCCUAAGUAUCAGAUCGUUGCGCUUCUUAACAGCAGCAAAGAAGCAGCAGAAGCAGCCAUCAAGAAGCACAACCUCCCAGGAGAUACGAAGGCUUAUGGCACCCCUGAAGAGCUGGCUGCGGACGAUGAAGUGGAUCUUGUCGUUUGUUGCACCCGUGUCGAUACACACUACGUCAGCUUGAAACCCAUUUUGGAACGAGGAAAGACGCCCGUGCUCUGUGAAUGGCCGCUUGGGGCCAACUUGAGGGAGACUCAUGAGAUGACAGAUGCCGUUGGGAAGUCCGGGGUGCGCAAUGUCGUUAGUGUACAGGGCGGCUUCAGUCCUCUUGUCACCACUCUCAAGGCCCUCAUUGCGGAUGGGAAGAUUGGAAAAGUCCUUUCCAGUAACGUGACGACCUCGGGCAUGAUUGGAGGCCCAACUACUGCGGCAGAUUUUACAUACAGUAACGAACGAAAAAUUGGAGGAAAUAUGCUCACAAUCAUGUUUGGCCAUCUUUCCGAGAUCAUCUUCAACGUUCUUGGAGAUUUGGGUUCAUUCAACUCGAUUUUACACACCAAAUUUCCAACGGCCACCCUUGUUGACCCGCAGAAUCCACUUGAAGUUGUCGGGACCCAGGAGCGGACCACGCCCGAUGAACUACUCCUACAAGGGCGCCUCGAAUCGGGAACCUUCCUGUCUGUCCACGUUCGAGGCGGGCCGCCGAAUCGAAGCGCAGCGGUCCCCGACCUGGUUUGGAGAAUCUAUGGGGAGAAGGGUGAAAUCACUGUCUCUUCCCCCCAACCCAACAUUAUCAACACCGCACAAGGGAUAACCGUUGAGCUACACGAUCAUGCGAGUCACAAGGUGGAGAAGAUCGAGACACUGAGCAAUGAGCUGGAGCAUUUGCCAGAUCCCGCUAGGAACAUUGCAAGACUUUAUGAAGCGUAUGCGGACAAGACAUGGUAUCCAGAUUUCAAGCACGCUCUCAAGAGAUACCAACUUAUCGAUGAGAUGUACCGUCGCCUCGACAACGGACAGCAGGAUAUCAAGCCUAAUUAUGCCUAA